CUAUUAAUGUAAAUUUUGACCAGAUUUCAUGAGUUACCAAAUGGCAACAUUGGUCAUUUUGCCUUGAUGCUUUUCUGUUUCUAUCCUAUUUUUGAUUUCAGGUUAUAAUUUAUUACAAACUUUAAUAUUAAAUACUUAUUUUAUAUCAGCUGUUGACAGAAAAUACUUGAAAAUGGCGGCGGCUAUGCCUAUCAACCCCAAACCCUUCCUUAAUAGCUUGACUGGAAAGUCAGUACUUGUGAAAUUAAAAUGGGGUCACGAGUACAAAGGACUCUUGGUGUCUGCUGAUGGCUAUAUGAAUUUACAGCUUGCUAACACUGAAGAGAUCGUCGAUGGUUCAUGUACAGGUAACUUAGGUGAAGUUCUGAUCAGAUGUAACAAUGUACUAUAUGUACGUGGAGCUGAAGAAGAGGAUGAAGAAGGAGAAAUGAAAGAGUAACCUUAGUUAUAAUUAGUUUAAGGAAAUCUAUCUUAAGUCAUUUCCAAUUCUCACACAAUUUGUAAAAUGACAAUCCUAAACAGUGUUCUACAAAUUUUGUGACCUAGGCUAAGUACAUAAAUUUUACUAUAAA